GAUGGUGGCCAUUCCAGUAUACAAAAUCCAUCAAUAACAUCCCACAAAUCAUCGAGUCCCAUUUACAUCAAAGUCCAAGUAAAUCAAACACCCCAACAUGCUAUAAUCGAUACGGGAUCCGCGGUCACCAUCAUCCACCAACAAUUAUUGAAGAAGAUUCAUCAUAAGAAAUUUAUUUACAAACGCAAAAUCCAUGCAUCGGCCAGUUGCACAUCUGUUAAUAUUAUCGGCGAAAUUCAUCUUGAGAUCAAAAUACAGGGACACCGAACAUGGAUAAUCGCCGAUGUUGCGACAAAUCUAGUUACAGAUUUAUUACUUGGAACUGAUUGGAUAACACAAAACAGCGUUAUCAUUGAUUCUCCACAACAACGUAUUAUUCUAGUCAACAAAUGUCAUCAAGUAAUAGCCUAUACACCGUUCGUUGAACCUCCCGAUAUUCGUUUUCCCGUAUUUUUAAUUGAUCAAAUUACCCUUUCACCAUACUCCGAACAAUGUAUUGAUGUAGUAGUCCCGUCACUGUUCGGUAAUGUUAACAAUGUUAUGUUCUAA